AUAGAGCAAUCCUAAAAUCUAGGGGAGUUGUCCCAUCAAUCCCAUCCCGCCGCCGCCACCCGGUCUCGAUCCACCUCGGGAUCUCCUUCUCCUCAUUUUCCUCCACCCACCAACCAGCUCUCUCCACUACUACUCAUCGAUCCAGCUGCCUGCGUCGAUCAAAAAUUCCUUCGGCCUCCAACCUGCAGUACUUCUGCUCGAUCCGGAUGUGAUCGAGGCCGUGCCCCUCGUCCCCGCGCCCUUGAUUUGCUCGAUUCAAGAGGAGAGAAGCUCCUCCUGAAGCCUUUUCUUCGCCAUCGCCGUUCGGCGUCGUCGGGAACUGAGCUGCCGUGACCGUCGCCCUUGCUUUCCCUCGCCUGGAAGCUCCAGCGCCCCACAUCGCCGGAUCUAGGCCCUCCUCCGCGCCUCCCCGCCGGCGAGCCGCCGUCGUCCGCCACCGCUCUUGCCGUCCUCCUCCCUGCUCAUGCUGCUUCGUCGUUGCUGCCGGAUCCGCCUCACCGAGAGUCCUGCCCCAACGCCAUGGCCAGGAGUCGCCGACCCAAGACCCCAGGGCUCCCCGACAGCUGCGCGUCUGGCGUCCAAGCCACCGUCUUCUUCCCGCGGCUCUUCGCCGGAGUCGUCAAGCCGCGCCGCCCUGGAGUUUCUCCACCGCCGACUCCCUCCGUCUCGGAUUCCGCCUGGCUCCGCUGCCUCGCCACGGCGGACCUCGCCAGCAGGUAGACAUUGCCGCCUUGGAUUCGCGCCAAGCUCCGCCGUCCCCGCGCUCCUGCCGUCUCGCCAGUUCCGGCAGGUCCUCGUCGCUGCGACGCGCCCUCUGCAUCGCGCUGCCGCUCCCCUGCUUUACUUGCUUGGGUCGUCGCUGCUCUGCUUCCUGACGAGCAGCGCAGCUCGAUCCGCGUCGUCGCGCGUUGAUAACGGCCCCCGCACCCCCUCGUUCGAUCCAGCAAGGCCCAACGGCGAUCGGCCCAGCCGUGCCCUUCAGCCACCCCAGUACACCACCUAGCCGGCCUCAAGGACCAAUGUGAGGCCCAGUCCGCCCCAGUUUCGGCCCGUAGUAUUUUUUUCGUUGCUGCAAAUUUAGCUAUUUUUCGCAGGAUUGCUGUUUUACAGAAAAGCCCUUGUUGAUCAUGCAUUUAAUAACUUCACAACCGUGCAUCGGAUCUAAAUAAAUUAUAGUGUUUUUAUCA